GUUAUGACAUAAAAAGUUUUCUCUAUGGUUACAAUUUUGUGGAAGACGCUAAACACUUUUUUCUUUUCGUAAAACUAUUAUUUGUACAUUGUGACUUAAUCAGCGAAUGUUAAUAUUCAAAAGUGCUAACAUAAGAUGUAUUCGACAACAUCUGAAGACUUGAGCCGGGAUCAUUUGGCUCUGCAGGUUACGAAUUGUCUAAAGAAAAUAGUGGAGAACCAACAAACCGUAACUCAAUUACACAAGGAAUUGGUGGAGAUCGACCUGUCCUUUACUACUUACAUCGAGGAAAGUAAAAAACGCAUUCUAAACCAUCGUUUGAACCUUGCACGUCAGGCUAAAAGUUCCCAAGAAGUAGUCGAAAUACUCUCUGAGAAAUAAUACAAACCAUGUCAAACUCUCCAGCGACUCCUCGCAAACAAACCAAUAUUACCAAAUACAAACUAAAAACAUACAAAGAAGACAAUAACAAUGCCACCAAUAAGUUUACCGAGCGCCAGCAAGCACGCACAUUCAUUUCAUGGUACAAACGCAUGAUUGACCAUGAGAGGCAGAACUUUGGCUUGUAUCUAUCAGAUGAUGCCAUCCUUGAGUGGUUCGGUAGAACCAUUAAAACUAGAAAGAAAGUUCAAUCAUUCAUGAGAUAUGACAUGCAGUGCUCCCGCCAUGAUUUUACAACUGUUGAGAGCAUCGAUAAAGUCCAAUUAAGGCAUGAAAGAAUUAUCAAUAAGAGAAAGGAUGAUACGGUUUUAGCUAGCCCUCUGCAUUCACCUGAGCUAAUAAGUUCCAAGUCAUCAGCUAAGAAAAGGUUGCUCAGAUCUAACUGUAACAGCCCUGAAUGGGCAGAGGGUUGCCAGCCGGAUAAAAGCACAGAAAGAAAAAGGCUAAAGAGCAGACAUAUUGAAUCUCUGCAUGAUGACCAACAUAUCAGCUUAAAACGUAGUCACCCAGACUCUGAUGUCAGUAGCAAGGGCGAUAGUAUUGUGGAAAGAAGGCCGAAACAAAAAUGUAUUGCUGUCACACCACCUAAUCAUGAGCUUGGACAAGGGGAUUGCUUGCCCUCUACAAGCGCCAACACAGCGUCCCAUGACGCUCUUAAUGCUCAGCUGCCAAAACUUGCAGUAGAGUGUAACGGGUACAUAGAAUUCACUAGAACUAGAAACAACCGCAGUACUGACUGCAUGAAAUGGGAAAGGAAAUGUAAAGUCCAAAUUAGUUACUCGGAAGACCCAUUGAACGUUGGGGAGUACAUAAUUUGGUCUUUACAUUAUAUUGACGAAACCAAGUGUAGGAGAAAUCUGAUGGCUGCCUUUGAAGCAGCGGCCCAGGAGGAAGAAUCAAAUAAGAUCAAGUGAUUUUUGGUAUUACAUUUGAGUGUUUUAGCAUUUUUAUUUUAUAAAGCUAUAUUAUAAUGAUGCUAUAUGUAUUUGUCACAAAAUGCAUGCUGUUAUGGCCGGUUAAUUUCAGUUUUGCAAUUGCACAUUUUCUUUUCAUAUACAUUUGCUAACCUUGUGAUAUGAUAGUUAUAUUUUUAUUUGUUACAACAAUUUAUUAUUUUAUGUACUGUGUUCCUGAUAUAAGAAUAUCUUUACCUUUUGACAGAGCCUUAGGGUGUAUGAAAUUUAUGUUAUGAUAGUAUGUUUGUCUUCCAAACUUGCUUCUAAAAAAUUAAAAUAUUGUUAGUGGUAGCAAUACCUUUACUAUAAUUAUUACUUUUAAGUUGACAUUAAGAGAAUAUGUUAUGAAAUAUGAAUAUUGUGAUGGUAAGGUGUAGAUAUUUCUUGUAUUGAUAUUCUAUUCAGCAGAUAGUUUUCGCAUAUACUUAUUAAUAGAAAAAAUGUUAAUUCACAAUGUAAUAACAGUUUUAUGUACUUCAUGUAAUUUUUGAUUGUCUUAAACAAUUUUACCUAUAGUAAAAUGUAAGAUCUCUGUAUUUUAGUUAUCUUUUGUAGCCAUAUAACUGACUGAUUAACAAGUAACUUGUAUUUUUAUAACUCAUGAAUUGUUUGUCUAAGUCCAGUUUCUUUUAGAUCUCUUUAUAUGACGGUGGUGGUCAAACUAAGCUGUAUCAUUUGUACUCUUAAUACCUUGUGAUUAAAGUCGAUAUUCCUUUGCCAGUACCAUCAAUAUACUGCUAGUUUUACCUCCACCGUUAUCUGACCCCUAGUACAUGUUUGGUAAAAAAAAUAUUAACCUCGCAUCUAUUCGUUUGAUAGAAAAAACUGCUUAUGUUUCCAAGCCUGACCUAUUAUUUUUUUGCAUUAUGGGAUUGGUCCUUAGUCUUUCAGUCAGUACGACUAUAAUAAUCUGGUGAUGUUCAGCUCAAGGUGUAUGACCAGGGGGUAGCCAAAAUGACAAUCGUUGAUAAAAAAAACCCAAUCGAAACUUAAAUAAUGUAUGGAAUUAGCCACGUGACUUUUCGGAGCAUUUUUCAUAGCGAUAUUUUUUUUUCGUUUCGUUUGUCGAUGUACGAUAUUGUCAUCUUGGCUAGAAAAUAACCUGUAUCUGCAUUCUAAAACAAACGAUUGUGCUAGGGGGUCCCUUCUGUCACUAUACCACCGAUUUCCUUUUUUUUAUUCCCAAGGGAUAGUAUGUCUAGUUUUAGUUGUGUACGCUAGGUUAUAUCUACUCAUUAUGUAUACAAAGGUGAAAUAAUGUUUAAUUCUUAAAAAUAAUGCAAUAAUUAUGUAGGCCUAAUAUGGCAAUGGAAACCGAAUCCAAAUCAAAAUUCUAUAAAAAUAUCAUCGGCAAGUCUGUUUGGCUGGCCAAACAUAGAAACACAACUGCCUGGUAUAUUAUCAGUUUUUACAGCUUUCAUUAAGCUUGCCCGGUCAAAAUAUUCUGCAAAAGAGAAUGCUAACCUAAUUCCAAUAACGUACAAAUGGAGUUGGCAACUGUCAAAGGUCUUUAUAGAUGGCGCCAGCAUAGGUUUUACCUGUCUUCAGUGUUUUCUAUGAGAUUUGGCUACCAUCCAGGCCAUAAAAAAUGUAUUUGUAGGAUUUAUUGGUAAAUCCUAUGCUGGCGUCCAAAAGUUAAACGCAUUAGUAUACAUUUGAAUGAACAGGAUUAGGUAUAUUCGAAUAGACCUUUUUAAUAUUACCUAUGUGAAAUAUAGUUUACUUUGGCGUGAUUAUUAAUUAUCAAAUAAUUACACAAUUAGUUAUAGAAUUUCAGUAGCUGAAAGUGAUUUUAUUGACAUGCAUUGUUAAUGAGUAUUGAGAUUUAGCCUGUAUCUUUUAAGUUGUUAGUUCAUUACUUGAAGUAAUGAGAGAACGGAUUUUUGUUUCAUUAUGCUAAAGUGUAUAAGCUCAGUAAACUUGUUAAAAUAAA